AUGGACACGGGCUACUUCAAGGCCUCUACCGGAUUCGGCGUCGAUCAAUCGGGAAACAGCUACGGGGGAGACCCCGAGCUAACCCUCGAGGAAGCGAUUGACCUUGCCGAAAGCGAGGUGCAGGGCAUCGUCAGCCUCGUGAACGUUCUCUUCGCGGACCAGUUUGGAGUCUACAUCGAGGUUAAAAACAUCGAGAUAAGAGUGCAAACAGCGGAAGCAACCGAGGACCAAGAGCAAGAACAAGAACAAAGGGAUCCACUAGAAGCAAACUGGAACCAUGAGCCCCUGGACCACACAAAGAGUCAUGCACAGGGUCGGCUGGAGUACGGCUGCCCGUACUCACGUUUGGAUGGCACGGAGGAAACGUCGCCAAACGAACCGUCGAGUGAUCACUUUUCCACGCUCAAGGGUUUCGCAGCCUGGAGGGAGUCGCUGCCACCCGAGGACCGCCUGGGCGUUUGGCAGCUGCUGACGGCGUGUUACGACGAGGGGGUUGAGGGCUUGAGUUACACAGCGGCAGCGUGUUCUGAUAGCAUGGGGGUCGGCUGGGUGUCUCGACGGACGUUCGGAACGUGGGAGGUUCUCGCGCAAGAGCUCGGGCACUCCCUUGGAAGUAGUGGCUUCCUGGACAUAGCCAACGACUCCUCGUCGCCGACGAGGGAUCGGGAAAGCAGUUCUGACAUGGGCUGGAGCGAGUCCAGAAAAGAAGUUUGCAGACACAUUCUUUCCAACGAGGAAUGCUUUCAGCCCUACGAGCCGACCUGUGGCAACGGGAUUUUGGAGCCCGGGGAGGACUGCGACGACGAUAGCCCCUGCUGCCGCCCCAACCAGUGCAAGCUGGUGCCCAAUGCCAGGUGUUCGCCGGGGUCUUCGUGGUGGAAAUCCCGGCCCACUAACAACAGCAGCGCCAACCCUGCCGUCGUCGCACACGGAGACUGGACGGGGCAGUGUUGCACGGUCGACUGCCAGUUUCUAUCGUCCGCUACAUUGUGCAGGGUAGGUCACAAGCGAAGGACCCUGAGGGCAAUUCCGUAG